AUGCUCGGGUGGAAAAGUGCCAAUUUGGCCGUUUUUGCGUCUCUUGGCUGUACGCUGGGGCUAGUCGAGAUGUCUCUGCAUGAGCUGAAAGAUGGAUCCACCAGUGUUUCUGGAACACAUGCAAUUGAAUCGUUCUAUCCGAACACAGCAGUCUCCUUUCUUUUGUCCGAGUGCAGAUUUUCUUCGCUGCAUUCAAUGUAUGCAUGCUCUGACAAACUAUAUCUUAGGCUUGGAGAUGCAAUAUUUUCCUUUUUUUUGGUCGAGUUUUCCAUGUUCUUCAAAAUGCCAAAUGAUGUUUGGUUACAAAUAGCCGAUCACGAGCUAGCGCCCUCUGUACUCCGCCUUGUCCCGACAGGCAAUGGAAAGAAGCUAAGGGGAGUUGUAAAUAUGGGAAGGAGGGCUUCUAAAUUGGCAUACAACGGCUCUGCAGUGCAGCUUGAAGUUGGGUAUCACUACAAACUUUUGGGAAAUUUAUUUUCUGUUCUUUCAUAUGAAAAGGUACCUUUUUUUGUACUCGGUCUUGAUGAAGUAUCGUCCAAACUGCAAAGGUUCAGGAGUACCAUGAAAAAUAUGAAUGUAUCUUCUUCGUGUCGACUGUUUGCUGCAAAAGUCGAUGUCAAAUCUUGCUACGACACCAUUUGCCAUCAGAAGCUGUUAAAAGAGGCCAUAAAGUUUUCUUCACCCUCUGGCUAUAAACUUUUUCGCUGGGCCAGCAUAAAGCUUCUUGCUCCCGGCAAGUUUAAGCGGGCUUUUCACAAGAACGCACUUGCGGGCUCGUCAGUCAAUGACCCCGUCGAAUGGCUUCAGUUUACAAAUGGAUUGAAGUCUUGUGUAGUGGUUCAGCAGUUGAACUUUGGCUCUUCUUUUUUGGAAACAUCAAAGCUCAUUUCUGUCCUUAAAAGACACAUUAGGCAGCAUUUGGUUUACAUACAUGGGGACGGAUAUUACAAACAAUUGGUCGGCAUUCCACAAGGAUCUGUCCUUUCCUCGCUUUUGUGCAGGUAG